CGAGCAGUCAGCCGCGGCGCGCGACCACGCCACACGUCUGCAGGUGUACUAGAGGCGACGAAAUCCGACGAGCGCCUAGUUUUACAUCUGUCAAAUGCAACAAUGUUCCUAAUACUCAUCCCGGUCGUAGUGGACAUGUCACUGUCGAUACAGUAGCUCCAGCCGCCGAGAUGUACUGCUUAUGGAUUGUUUUGCUGAUCUUGCCAUGUUCGUCGGUGACCUCGAAACCAGUAGACUACGAAACGAAUGCUCAAGUACAACAGAUUCCUACUGUAAAUAGUGAUAGUAAAUUCCUAGCCGAUGCUCAAAAUAUACCAAAGCAGUCUACUAGUGAUGGGGAGAUCAUAUCCGUUAGAAUCACAUCCUCGAUCGCCGUCGAUAGAGGAAAGAUUAAACACUUCGAGGACGCCAAUAGAUACGACUCCUCGAGUCACAAGCAGAAUGGCUACGAGGUCUACAAUCCAUCUACCGUGGACGUAGGAGAGACUACUGUCGCCACAGAGUUUGCCGAUUUCACGACCGUACCGACGACGGGGGCAGAAGUAAACGAACAUACAGAUGCUCCACCGGGCUUCGAAGGUGCGAAUAUGGAGUACAUCAAACAGUUGCAAGCUAAGAAGGGCCAGCGAGGUGUAAACAAGUUUGAAGGAAAUCAUUACCGACCCGAAAACGAGGAAAACGACAACGUAGCAAACGAAUCCGAAAUUAAGCCCUCGAUAGAUUUAAAUAGAAGUGACGAGGAGAACGACGAUGUGCCAUUAGCGAGAUCAGUCCCACUUUCCUACUCAUCAAGACGAUACUUGCAGGACUCCACGCAGAGGUCGCAGGGAGCUUACAAGUUGACUACGGUCAAUUUCAACGUCGUUCACGACGUCAACGAUGCUAAUCCGAGCGAACCGACCGGCUACGUGAGCGACAAUCGCGCCUCCAACUUGCAAACGUUUUACAGUGAGCCGGCGAAAGUGUACAGCAAACCGGCCCAAGUGUACAGUGAACCGGCCAAGUUUUACAGUGAACCCUCGAAAAUAUACAGUGAGCCCGCCAAAAUUUACAGUGAACCCGCCAAAAUCUACAGCGAGCCUGCGAAAAUUUACAGCGAGCCGGCCAAGUUCUACAGCGAGCCGGCUUCCCUCCAUCUGGAGUCGAGGCAGCGGAGCCCGGCGUGGAAGCCCUCGAGCGGCUUUCACCGGGCCACGACGCCGGGGACCCUCUCAAGUACAGUGGAGGCCCAGAAGGUUCCGGAACAUCAGCCGGAGAAGAACUACGAGGUGGACGAGAAGGUGAGCGUGAUGACCGACGGCCGCAGCCACGGCGUGCAGCAGAACCCCGACAACUGCAAGCAGGAGAACUGCAAGGUCGGCUACGUCGUCGAGGGCCGGCAGUUCAGGAAAUACAGGGUAGAGGAGAGGACCCCCGAUGGGUUCAUCGUGGGGGAGUAUGGGGUAGUGAGGAACGAGGAUGGGGCGUUGAGGGGAGUGAGGUACACCGCCGAUUCGGAAGCCAGCCCCAGCCUCAUACACGACGCUCUCAUGAAGUUCUUGCAGCUCAAAUGAUACUUUUUUCUUUGCUUUUGUCUUACCUGAUUUUGCAGUUUCUGCAUCCAAAUGUGUCUAGAAUACAAAGACACUAUUAAACUCUUUAUUUUUUUAACUGUAUGAUUCGAAAAGACUGAAUUCGUUUUUGUGCUCAAACGUCUGGUCUUCGUAUAUAUUUUAAGUGCCUACUUUUUAAUUUUUGUAUUAACUUUCUCCUUAACUUCUUGUUCAUUGUUUCUAUUUUGAUGAUCAGGAUAAGUCAGUUUAUGUAAAUGCAGUUUCUAUCGAUGUAUAUUGUAUAUACCUAAAUCUUUUCUCGAAGAUAUAUUUGUGAAGGCUGCUUUAUAUUCUAGCAAAAGUUACUUCUUCGCAGCUUACGCAGCUUCUGCACAAGAAUACAUAGCAUCCUUCAGCAUUUUAGGCAAAUUAGUCAAUUACUUUCUUUUUAGCAUGAAUAAAUUCCUAACAGUGUAAGGUUAGAAAAUUUUCUUUUUCUGGAGCAUCAAUAAAAUGCUGUGAUAAGAA